AUGGCCUCCAUUGCCGCAUCCUCUGCCGCCCCCGUCAUUCCCCGCGCGAGCGCACCGCGGGGAGCCCGUUGCGCCGUAUCCGCGCGCCUACCGCGCCACGGCCUCGCCUCCGCCUGCCCGCUGCAGCUGCGGAGCACAACCUCCGCGUGGUCGCGGAAACCCGCUUCCGCCGUUUCCGCGCGGCCGGGAGUUGCACGCGCGGUGGUGAUUGAGUCGCUCCCGCGCGAGUUCGGCCUGGUGGUGCUGACUGCUGCUGCUAGCGCUGUGCUGACGCAAUGGCAGAUGAUCGAGGUGGCGAAGCAACGGAGGGCCAGCAACGUCCCGUACCCCAAGAUGUACGAGGACAAGGAGGACAGCCUGUUCAACUGCUACCAGCGCGCCCACCAGAACACCCUUGAGAGCUACCCCGCCUUCCUCUCGCUGCUCCUCAUUGCCGGCUAUGCCUAUCCCAUUACCGCCUCUGCGUGUGGAAUGGUGUGGGUCAUCGGCCGCGUCUUCUAUUCACUCGGCUACUACACCGGAAACCCGCGCAACCGCGUGCAGGGCAUGUGGGGCACGUUCGGCCUGCUCGGUCUCCUUGUUACGGCAGGAGUGUUUGGGGUGCGACAGCUGCUGUGA